AUGCCUGACGAUGUAGUGGCAAAACGCCUCAAUGGCAACGGCGAACUUGCUGCCAUCAAGGUGAUCAAGCUGGAGCCGGGUGACGACUUCGCCAUCAUCCAGCAAGAGAUACUGAUGAUGAAGGACUGUCGUCACCCGAACAUCGUAGCGUAUUAUGGCUCUUAUUUGCGCAGAGACAAGCUCUGGAUCUCUAUGGAGUAUUGUGGUGGAGGAAGUUUGCAGGACAUCUACCACGUAACGGGUCCGCUGACGGAAAUUCAAAUCGCUUACAUGUGCCGGGAGACACUUACCGGCCUCUCCUAUCUGCAUAGCAUGGGCAAGAUGCAUAGGGAUAUAAAGGGCGCCAAUAUACUUCUAACGGAAUGCGGUGAUUCCUUUAUUGGAACCCCGUACUGGAUGGCGCCUGAGGUGGCGGCAGUAGAACGGAAGGGUGGGUACAAUCAACUUUGUGAUAUUUGGGCUUGUGGAAUCACUGCUAUUGAGUUAGCAGAGCUCCAGCCUCCGAUGUUCGAGCUCCAUCCAAUGAGGGUGUUGUUUCUUAUGUCGAAGUCGGGGUUCAAACCCCCGCAGCUUAAAGAGCGAGAGCGCUGGUCGCAACUAUUUCAUGGAUUUCUCAAACUGGCUCUCACCAAGAAUCCUAAGAAGAGACCCACCGCUGAUAAAUUGUUGCAGCACCCUUUCUUCCAACAAGAGAUGAACAAGAGACUGGCGAUAGAUCUCCUCCAGAAAUAUUCAAACCCACCCUCACAUUGUAAUAAUCAGGAAUUGGACGAAGAUGGGGCGAUAUCCAAUGUGCCACAACGUAUAGCAUCGAAGCACACUGGGCGUGGCGGAAGGCGUGUCCUGGCAGACCAGCCUCCGAACAACAUUAGGCCUAGGAGUUUGAUUGAUGAUGAUAUUAUGACAGCAUCUAGAGUUCGGUUAAUGGAAGAAAGUCGCGAUCGUCGCAGCGGCGUAUACGACGACUCACCCAUCAUAGACUUGGACGCGGAAGACGACCUCAGCCUCGCCUCUAUGCCUAAAGUUAUCAAUUUCGCUGCCGACCUUAAUAAUAGCGGGGAUACUAUUAAACGGAAUGCAUACCAUAGACAAACCAGUGAAGAGUGGAGUGUCGCAUCACUAAUGACGUGUCCCAAACACAAUCCCCUCACUCAGGAGUUAUCAUCAGACUCGAUAUCUACCAGUGAAAACAAGUGGUGUCGGGUGAUCACUGGGGAUGAUAUUAUGAGAAUGAGUUUGAGGAGCCUCUUACAGUAUAUUGACGAAGAGUUAAUGCUCAGGGCGACACUACCUUUAACAGCAGAUACGGCAGCCAUGUCACAGGCUGGCAACAAUCUGUCAAUACACGAUCACCAUCUCUCCCAAUGCAUACAGCUAAAGCAGAACUUUUUAAAUAAUUCUUCUACGAACGUCUAUCAAAGUUUAACGAGCUUUCAAACGCCAAUCGGGUCGUCUUCGGCGUCGAUAAACGAACAAUUGUGUAAGAAAGACGAGAUAAUGUACGCCGAUCAUCAGGACUCGGAAACUCCCAUCAACUCGAAUUGUGAGUGUGGUUUGUGCCCGAAACCGGAAUCAAAAGACGUGAACACCCUCAGUGAUUUGCAACGCUCCGUCGCACCGAAGUGCUCCUGUGACUCCUGCAAUUCGAACGGUGAUAUUCUAAGCUAUUACCGGCAUUGUCCGAACCAGAAUCAAGACUCUGGGAUAGUUAUCUGUGAGGUUUGCAAGAAACAAAAGAUUUCUGUUAGCAAUUUUCGCGCUCUGCAGAUCGCAAAUCGUUUACAAAUAUCGGAUUCGGGGCAGAUUGAAAAUGGCGGUUCGGAUGACGAGUUGUGUCGGAAGAUCGACAUAAGUUUAAAUAUGGAUGUACAAGAGCAUAGAAAGAGGCAUAAUAGGCACAAUUCGGAUUCGGUCACGGCGGGGAUAGAUUUGAAUCAGUUCUGUCAGUGUGAAUUGGAUGGUAGUAAGCGGAAAACUUCGUCGGUAGAUGAAAUUUUCAAGAUGGCGGAGGAUGGUGGGUCGAGUCAAGAGUUGAAGGAUGAUGAGGUGAAGACGAGUCAACGGCAACGAAGCUUAUCAGAUAGUCAACGGGACAAGGCGAAAGUUGAUGCUGAAGUUUGUGUGACAGGUAGUAGUACACCUCCCGUCCCUCCUCGGCGAGCGCGGGGUAGACGGGUUCGAAGCCCAGUGCGACCAGCACCCAACGGACUACCGCCUACACCCAAAGUGCACAUGGGUGCUUGUUUCUCAAAGGUGUUUAAUGGUUGUCCUCUUCGGAUAAACUGCACAGCAUCUUGGAUACACCCAGACACCAGGGAUCAGCAUAUUCUCAUAGGUGCGGAGGAGGGCAUCUACACUUUGAACUUGAACGAGCUACAUGAGACUGCGAUGGACCAACUCUGUCCUCGAAGGACGAUUUGGAUGCACGUGAUCAAGGAUGUUCUUAUGUCGCUCUCUGGUAAAACCCCCUGCCUCUACCGGCACGAGCUGUUGGUGUUAACGGGUAGUGGGCGGGCGGGGGCGGGUAGAUCCCUUCGCGUGUUGCCGCCCCGGCUUCUACCCAGACGGUUCGCGCCUUCCACGCGCGUCCCUGACACCAGAGGUUGUACCGUGUGCGCAGUAGUCCGUAACCCUUACAAUGGAUACAAGUACCUGUGCGGGGCCACACCCGCUGGAUUAUUCCUCAUGCAGUGGUACGACCCUCUACGGAAGUUCAUGCUACUGAAGAACAUCGAAUGUGUCCUACCGUCGCCGUUACUCGCUUUCGAGUUAAUCAUUACCCCGGAGCUGGAGUAUCCACUUCUUUGUGUUGGCGUCACGAGGAAACCUAUACGGCUAAAUCUAAUUAAUAUAAACUCGGGUGCGAGCUGGUUCCACUCGGACGAGCUGGAGGUCCGCCCCGGGGGCUCCAACACCGUCAUACCGAGGCCUGAGAGGCUUCACACGCUUAGGGCUGUGCAUCAGUUGAAUAAGGACGCGGUACUAGUGUGUCACGAAAACGUAGUGGACAUAAUCCCGGUGCUUCCCGGGUUCGAUUCCCGGCGACAAGACGACAGGCGGAAGAGCAAGUUGCCGCAGAGACUGCAGUUCGACUUCCAGAUUGAUAGCAUAUUAUGUCUGGCGGACUCGGUGCUGGCCUUCCACCGCAACGGUAUGCAAGGUCGGUCCUUAAGGAACGCUGACGUCACUCAGGAAAUAGUCGACCACUCACGCGCAUACCGACUCGUCGGACACGACAAAGUUGUAGUACUAGAAUCGCACGUACUCCAAAACAACACGCUCUCAGGCGAAGACGGGAACGAUCUAUAUAUUUUGGCCGGACACGAGGCCUCGUACUAA